UGUCUUCAGACCACAAUCAAAGGUUCUCGUUUCCCCGUCCAGCAGAAAUGGCUAUCGUAGCAGUCUGUUGGUUCCUCAUCAUUGUUGCGUCCCAUGGUUGCCAUGUGAGCGCCACAUCAGAUGCAAGAGUCACACAAGAUCAACCCGUGCCGUGCCUGGAGAACUGGCUCAAACUCGCUGGAGCUUCAACGCGUAAGGCGCGCCACUUAGCCAUGAGAGCUGAAGUGAAGCGGUCUGGUUUGGAUGACCAGAGAGUGAAAGAGCUGAGCAACUUUGUCAUCGGCAUUCUCCUUGGCUUCGAUGAGGACCUGGCUGGUGCCCUCAAAAGCUGUGUUUUACGAAACGCCUCUUGUCCAGCUGGUGCUGCGAGAGUAGAUUUGCCCUGCAGCGACACAGGUGACUGCGUAUACAGCCCUGAAUUGCAGACGACUCGUUGCCAGUGUCCUUUUGGUCUUCGUGGGAACCAGUGUGAAGCAGAUAUUGAUGAGUGCGCGAACAGAUCAUUGAACGAAUGCGCUCGCAAGGAGGUCGCAAUAUGCCACAACAUACAUGCAUCGUAUGUAUGCGAGUGUAAGGAGGGAUACGAAGGGAAUGGACGACUUUGUGAAGAUGUGAACGAAUGCAUGGAUAACACCCCGGCAUGUGCUGAACAUGCAGACUGUAACAACACUAUCGGUUCGUUCACAUGCACCUGCAGGCAAGGAUACAAGGGCGAUGGACAGCACUGUGAAGUUGAUGUAUGCUCUGGAUCAGGCAACACUGCGCUAUGCCAGAGGAUCGAGAGAAUGGAGAGCCAUAUUGAGCGAAUGGAAACCAAACUGAAAAUCCGAGAGAAACAGAUCAAAGCAUACCUGAGGGAACUCAAACUGAUGUCGUCCGUGUUCACUCGUCAUCACUAUGCAUUGAAAGCCACCGAUGACAGAGUUGCACGGCUAGAAAAUGAUGCCUCCGAAAAGUGUGGGGUCGUGAAUUGGCAGAACUUUGUGCAAACUAGUCCUUCGAAGUCGAACAACAUGAUUGUGUGGAACCAUGAAUUCUACAAAAAACGGAAUGACACUGCAAUUCGGAUCACCUACUCGACUAUGUUGGGGGUCCAGGCCCAAAAUACCUGGUCUUGCCUAGCCUACUCCAUUCUGUUGAAUGGACAAGAAUGUGCAGAUCCAGCUCCAAUUAUGAAUACUGUAGGGCUCCACGGAUCCAGCGAUUCCAACGUCUAUAACGUUGCCCCCACAGUGAUAACAGGUACCUGUCAACAACUGGCUGCGGGGCUCAUCAGACUGACAACUCGUGCCACAGUGGCAUGCUCUAGGCAAUGGGCGGGGGAGGGUAAGCAUAGAGGCCCUACCACACCCCCUGCAUCCAUGUUUGUUGAGGAGCUCUCACCUUGCUGAUUUGAAGUAGAAGCAAAGAAUGUGAGAUGUAUGCAUGUCGAUGCAGUGCACCUGCAGCUGCUAGCCAGCGUUAAUAUUCCACUUCUACACAUUGCGCGACUGUGUUACCAACUUUCCCUUUGCUGUACAAUGUUCCUGCUCAUUUCUUUCUAUUUUCGUAUUUUAUCUCUGGCGCGCAUAAGCAGUGGUGAAAAGGACACCCUUGGUCGGUUUAUCUGCUCUUGCUCCGCCUCCUCUGCGUUGGCUGCCAUAGCUAUGUGCAUCUCUGUGAGGUUUUGCACCACUAUGGUUUGUGGCUAUCUUGUAUUUAAAGAUAAACCCAAGAUAACCUAUUUCGGGCAUAAGGCAUACCCAUCUGGCUGAGCCAUUGUUCGCGAUGCAAUGCUCCUUGAAAUUGGAGU